AUGAACAAUAGUGAAUAUAUAGUAAAAUUUGUCACAAGCUUGCCUUAAGAAUAUGAGAUUAGCAACAAUGAAAUAGCUGUUCAAGGAGAUAUGAAUUAAAGUGAUCUCAGUUCCCUUAUUUAAUAAUUACUGUCAGCUGAAAACCCUGAUUAAGAAUAUAAUUAAUUAUUCGAUUUCUUUAUUAAUGGAAUCAGUUUGAGAUCCACUCUACAUGAAUUCAUUACAUCAAAUGAAAUUGCAACUGAAAAAACAUUGUAAAUAGAAUAUCUAUUCGCUGUCCCAGAACCUAAACUUAAGCAAACAAUAAAUAUGAACGAUUGGAUCAUUGCAAUAAGUAGAUUAAAUAAUCAUAUCCUAACAUGUUUAUCUAAUGGAGAUAUUGUGGUUUGUACUGAAAAAGGCAAAAUUUUGAAGACAUACAAAACUAAAAUGGCAAAGAGUUUUACUAUUUUUGAAAAUAUCGUAAUUUCUACCCAUUGGGAUUGCACUGUCAGAGUUUAAAGACUGACAGACAAUUUGGAGUUGAUUGCAUAAGGUUCUUUACCAUCAUAUGGAGAAUGCAGUUGUAUCAAUAAGAAGAACACAAAUGAAUUUUGUGUUGGUACAGCCAAUGGAGAACUCAUAUUCUUUGAUCUUAGUACAGUAUAAAAGUAGGGGAUUGAAAUGGUUUAGAACUUUAAAGUGCAUUAAUAACAGAUAACUUGUUGUCAAUGGAUUAGAAAUAGCACUAUUCUGACUGGAUCAUAUGAUCACUCAAUUUGCCUAUUUAAUAAGAGAACAGAAUCAAUAAACAAAUAAUUGUUUGCCAAGGAUUCAGCAAUAAUUGGAUUAUGCUACUUAGAGAACAAUUAAUAAAUUGUAUCAGUUCAUGAGGAUGGAUAUAUUAAAUUGUGGGAUAGUUUGAGUGAACAAUUAAUUAAAAUAUAUAAGAGCUCAUUGUCUUAAUUGACAUGCAUUGCUGUUAAUGCCAAUGGAUAAAUCAUAGUGGUAUUGUAUUGUAUAAAAUCAAUUUUAGAGUUCUAUGGAUGGAAAUACUUACUUAUGGGAUCUAAGAGGAGAGGUACCAUUGUAUUAAUUGAAUGGAGAAGGUAAAGCAAUGGCUUGUACAUGGAUAGAUAAUAAAAUACUAUUUGGAGGAUCGACUAAUAAAUUAUAUGUGUAUAAUUGUUGA